GCUAGGGGGCGCUACUCUGUCAAAAAUGGCUGCCUCCAUUCUUAAACGCUUCAUAACAACCGGCAUAAUUCAAAGGAUUGCUGUGAAUGCUACUAGGGGUAUCCACAGGACAGUUCCAGCUAUGGCUGCUGUUGAUGAUAAAUUCAAAGAAUCUAAAGACAGACUCAAUACGCUGAAGGAAGACCCUGGCAAUGCCAUUAAAUUACAGAUGUAUGCACUUUUCAAACAGGCAACUAUAGGGAAAUGCAAUGCCCCUAAGCCUGGGAUGAUGGACUUUGUUGGAAAAGCAAAAUGGGAUGCCUGGAAUGGUCUUGCAGAUAUGACACAGGAUGAGGCAAAACAAAAAUAUAUUGAAAUUGUUGAUGACUUAGCUGGGAAGGAGUCACCAGCAUCAGCACCUCCAAGUGAAGAAAAAACACAAGCAUCAAAGUUCCAAACCAUUGAUGUAACCAAAAGUGAUGGAGUCUGUAAAAUUAUGCUCAACAGACCUGAGAAGAAGAAUGCUAUCAAUUUCCAGAUGUAUGAAGAGAUUGGUAAUGCUCUGACAGAGGCUGGGCAGGAUGAUAGUGUAGUUUUGGCUGUGCUCACAGGCUCUGGAGAUUAUUACUGUAGUGGAAAUGAUCUCGGAAACUUCAUGAAUGUUCCACCAGAUGGUAUAGCAGCAAUGGCAGAGAAAGGCGGAAUAAUCUUGGAGAAAUUUGUGAGGUCAUUUAUAGACUUCCCUAAGCCCCUGAUAGGUCUCAUCAACGGGCCGGCCGUCGGCGUUUCGGUGACUGUCCUUGGACUCUUUGAUGCUGUAUAUGCCUCAGAUAAGGCAACCUUUCACACACCUUUUACAGCACUGGGACAGUCCCCAGAAGGCUGUUCUUCCUACACCUUCCCAAGGUUGAUGGGUACACCUAAGGCGAGUGAGUUGCUGAUCUUCAACCGGAAGAUAACAGCAGUUGAGGCGAUGGAGAGGAACCUUGUCACUGAGGUGUUUCCUGACCACUCUUUCCAACAAGAGACCACAACAAGAGUGGCAAAGUUUGCAAAACUCCCAAAAAAUAGUUUGCAAAAGGCUCGAAACCUUUCAAGAGACCAGCAGAGAGAAACAUUACAUCGUGUAAACAAACAGGAGUGUGAUGUACUUGUGGGGAGAUGGCAGUCCGAGGAGUGUUUAAUGGCUAUCAUGAAUUUCUUUUCUUCUAAAGGAGCCAAACUUUAAUGACAAGUCUUCUCGGGUAGUUACAUUUGGUAUACAUGUAUUUAUUUAGAUUUGAUAAUUUUUGAUUUAGAUUUGAUAAUUUUGUAAGUUAAUAAGAAGAUAUGCGGAGUAAAACUUGAUUUGUUGUCUCGGGUAAAACAGUUAUUACAUAUGUAUAUUAGCAUACAUAUAUGGGGCGCAUUAUUUUUCUCCUCAACAUGAAAUGGCUGGGGCCAUAGUAUUUGCUCUGUCCUUUGGUCCACAGAUCCGCUCAUCACACUUAAGGUAUACUUGUGUUUUAAGUCCCUCUCUUCAUCACAUAUUGUUUGGGGAUGGCCAAGCAGUAAUAAUCUCUGACAUAUUUACCUGAGUUUGAAGGUUUAGUGUGCGUUCAGCUCUAGUUCUACCAAAGAAGGGGACUAUGUUUCACAAAUAUUCUCUAUUGGAAGAAAUUGUGGUACAAAGUACAGAGAUGGUGUGAUAUAUUGAACAACGUUGUGUAUUUAUUAUAGGUAUUCCAACAAAUACCAGAUGUGUGUUACUAAUCAGUCUGUUCUUGCUUUUAAGGUUGUUUGUAAUAUUAUAAUUAAUGUUAUAUACAAUGUAUAUCUAUACAUAAAUAGAUUAUUGAUUCUGCAACAUUUUUAACAUUGAAACGACUGUUACAUUAAGAACAUCUUAAAAUUUAAACUUUUCUUUAUCUUUCGCUUCAAUGUUAGAAAUAGAUAUAUCUCAAUUAAUUUUGAUUUGUGCCAUUUCGAUAGGCUUAGUGGUAAAACUCAAUACUAGUGUCAAGGGAAAUUAAAAUCACGAAUCAUUCAUUACUUUGAAGAUAUUUUACUCUACCAGUACAUUGUGAAAAGAAACAAUUGCAUUUGGUACACUCACAAAAUUUCAAAAAUGUGUGAUUCUCUAAGUUAUUUAUGACAUAUGGGAAGUAAUCAAUAUUGUAUCAACAAAAUAUUUUGUUUCUUAUCAGGCUUCAAUCCAGUAAAUUCUUUCAAUACAUGCAAUGUAUGUUGACUUUCAUUUGAAUAAAGUGAUAUAUAUUUUAUUAAUA